UCUCUCGCAACUGAUCGAUUGGUUCGGGGUUGCUUUGAAGCAGCCUGACACUCACCAAUUCCUCUCCAAUCGACUUUGGAAUACAAAACCUACACUGGACGGAAUGAGUAUGACACUGCUCGGAACUAGUUGAGUGCGCCUCAACCAUGGAUAUGUCCGUCGACUCCAGGUCUAACGGGUACCGUCACCCGGAUUGUAACGUCAAGGGGGAUCUCCUCCAGCUCAGCGACUGGAAACGCCUGCAUCAGUUCCUCCUCCGGACUGAACAAUACCCCUACAUGGCUCCUGCUCCCGCCUGUCUGGUAGAUGGGCGUGACACACUCGACUGGUCUCAGCCACUUCUAUAUACCAUCUACUGUGGAGAAGAUCAAGACGCGUACAUCUCUCAGCUCUUGAGAAGGAAGCAUCGAUGGCUUCGAACUCUGAUCAGCGUCGUUGGAGUCUCGUGCGUUCACCCAUCUCACAAGCCUGGUACACAUAUUCCAGCAAACACCAGUAUGGCUGUGUACCUUCAAUCUCAUAUACCAGCACAUCACCAUCAUACUAGGGUGCUAUCUGGUUUCGAAUCACUUAUCAAGGUCAUUCCCUCCAGAGUAUGGGUAUGGGACAUGGACGUUCUAUUACGCAAACACCCUCAUGCCGUUUCGAUAUCUUCUCCGCAUCUGCCAUCAUGCAAAGCUUGUACCCCGGAAAUCCACUGUCAAAGUUUUGUAUCAUCAAGCUUGAUUUGUAGUACAGGCUUUAGCCUUGGGGGAUACUCCACCAUACUUACCCAAAGCAUGACAAGUCACAUGGCUUGGUGGCCUAUAAGCUGAUCAAGGAGGGGCGCACAGCGUUACACCAACGACAAGAUCAUCAACGCGAACAAGGGAAAAAGGUUGGAUUGCUAUUGGAAGAUGGAAUUGGUGUUUUUCGUGUCACUCGGUGGCGGAUGAGGAAAGAGGUCUCGCGUU